AUGGCUUCUCGCAGUGCGGCCGAGGAGAUGGAGCAUCUCCAGUUGUCCGACGAAGACACCGAGGAGCUCUGGAACUCGCCGUCCAAACGGGGAGCCCACAAUCCACGAUCCUCCGAUGAGAAGAUACCUCCUGCCCAACCCUCGCACGAUGCCGGCGACACCCUAUUUGACCGCGAAGAGGCACGAGAGGCAGCGCUACGAAAUGAACUGCAGAGCGUGCGGCACAUCAACGAGGUGCUCGAAGGGCUCUUGACCAGCUUGGAUCGCGCCAAGGGAAACAUGGAGACGGUCUCGAAAACAGUCACAUCCGCAUCGACGCUCCUGAAUACCUGGACGCGGAUCCUCUCGCAGACAGAACACAACCAACGCCUCCUCCUCAACCCCAACUGGCAAGGCGCCACACAAGAUGUCGCCGAUAUCGAAAACGAAGCGAUCCAACGACAACAAGCCGCCGAACGGCGCGAACAGGCCCUCCAGCAGCAGCGAGAGGCGGCUGCCCGCAAGGCGGAGGAAGAAGGACGACGACGCAUCGCGACGGGCAAGACUCGAGGAACCACGCGUGGCCGGGUCCGGAGCACGGGUCUAGGGCGCACGCCCAGUACCAGUACGAGCACGUCGCGCACCACCGCUACGCGCGGCUCUACGACGGCGACACGGCGGCCAGCCAGCGGGAUUGCGCGAGGGAGUGGCGUUUCCCGCGGUCGGGGGAAGACCUCAUGA